CGUUGUUUUGAACUCACGACUUGUCAAAACACGACCAUUUGCCAGGAUGUGUAUUGGCCAAUGUCAACAAAUGAAUGUAUUGAUCUGUCAGUCACAUAUGUUUACGUAUUAGCGUUUGUUGAAUACUUAUAUCCAAAGCAAAAACCAACCAUGUGAAAUCAUAUUGGUCGAAUCUGUCAAAAGUUGAAUUAUCCGUAUUUCAGGAACAAUUUCUUUUAUUUGCCAGUUUAUAAUUACAGUCAUUCUUUAGAAAAUGGCAGAUGAUCUGUUUUCAAAACGUGUCCCUGUUGUAUUCAAGUCACAGGACAGAGAGGACAGGCGUGGGUCAAUAUGUGUCAAAAUGGAGCUUGCUACAGUCACUGCCCCGACUACCAGAAAGGAGCUGGUGGUAAGACUCACAGAUGAGAAAGACUUGUUUUUCCUGUACACACUACGGCUUGGGGAGGAGGAUUUCCAAACGCUGAAGAUGCAGCAAGGUUUGUUGGUGGAUUUUGGAGCAUUUCCCCAGAAGUUUAUCGACCUACUGGAGAUGUGUUUGAAAGAGGAACACAAAGAAGUGCCCAAGUUUGUGCUACACAUAGUGAGCCAGGGCAGUUUUAGCGGGGACCGUUCCUCGGCCACCUUGAAUAUUAUUGAGACUAACCCCUUCAAGCACCUGAACCACCUGUCACUCAAGUUUGUGCCUGGUUCAGAUUCUGAUGUGAAGAAAUACCUUGCAGAUUGCCUCAAACAACUUAAGGACAUCAACAGCCUGCUACAACAGAGGCUAGAGCAUACAGAUGCAGACCUCAACCACAGACUCAAACAAACGCAGGAGACGUUGAAUUCAAAGACCAUUGAGCUAGACAACUUGAAGGCGGAGUGGACAGCGAAGCUUAAUGACCAGAUGGCCAGACACAAGCAAGAGCUUGCCACUGAGAAAGAGAGGGCUUUCCAGCUGCAGUCAAGCAGCCAGACGAAGCAGAACCAGGAUCGACGUGAGCUGGAACAAACACACAGCAAGGUCCUACAACAGCUUGAAACCCGCUUGUAUGAAGUGGAGACAUCCAACAAGGACCUGACAGAGAGACGUUAUAAGAACGAGGCUGCUAUCCGGGACCUCAAGUCUAAGCUGGCGACAUUUGAAGAGGAAAAUGGCCAUCUGAAACAGGAUGUGCAGUCACUUCGCAAACAGAACGCCUCACUUGAUGGAGACUAUCAUGAACAAGAGAAGGUAAUCAACCAACUAAGAAUGCGAGUUGCGGUCCUUGAACAAGAGUUGAAAGACAAGGAGCAGGUUCUUACUAAAUCAUCAGACCUGCUUGGGGCAGAACAAGAUCAAAAGCGGCGUUAUGAGGAUGACUUGGACGGGCAGAAGCGGGAGAUAACUCGACUGUCGGGCAAGAUGAAGGCUAUGUCAGAAGAGCUAAUGAAGGGGAAUGAGAUAAUCAAAAAACUGCAGUCAGAGAUUAAAAACUAUCAUGGAAAGAUUAAGCUGCGGACCCAGAUUGCGACAGAGCAAGAAAAACUUCUGAAUGAGAAAGAGCAGGAGUUGGAAAAAAUUAGACAAGAGCUGGCAACCACCAAAAACGACUUUAACUCCACCAGCGAGAAGAGUAAGUCCCUUCAGGAAAAGUAUGAUGCGACAGUUCAGAAACUAGAGGAAUGUCGGGACCUGCUCAAGACCAAUGAAAAUGUGAUCCAGUGGUUAAACAAGCAGAUAAACGAGACACAGCUGCACCAUCAGCGACCCGGCACCUUUGAGAUGCCCACAGCAAACUUUCGACCUUCUGGUUCCGCUCUGCAUAAUUACAGUACAUCGAGUUAUGGUUCAGGGGUUGUCUCGAGCCAUGGGGGAGGAGAUGGUCGGGGUGUUGGUGUAGGUGUGCCUCGUCCAUACAACCCACACAAACCUCAGGUGCAGUAUAAUCCUGGUGUCCCCCGGAAGAGCGGUCUUCCCCUGCCAUCAUCAUUACGUAAUGGGGCUCCACCCAUUCCUGAGGAGAUACGUCCUACAAGCAGCCGACAUAGUUCUCCUGGCUCCAACCACUCAAACCAGUCUGCGGGCGAUAAAGAGAAUGACCCCCCUCUGGACCCAAGGUACUUCAGUAAACGGGAUGAUGCAAUAGCUGUAAGGGGCGUGUCUUCUACCCGGAGUAUAUCCCCUGCCUCGGGGCACAUGGGCCAUGCCCCUCCUCCAGCCCCAAUCCACCCUCGGUUGUCCCAACAAGUGGUUAUACCUAAGCCCACCCACACCCAAGCACCACCACUAGCCUCAGCAUAUUUCCCUGGACAGAAAGGAUCUUGAUGACAACUUAGCCAAAUACGCCUGGAUUAAAUGGCCUUAAAAAUAUUACCUCAGACAAUGAUCACUGGCAGUUAUGUCUUGAAACUGGAAUCGACUAACUGCCAGAGAGCAAAAGUCAUUGCCUAUGUUAAAAGUUAAAAGUGAAAUAGAUGUUGUGCCAAAUAGAGAAUAAGCUGUUAGGUAUGAAUAUUAAAAACAAACUUAACAAAUCUAUUCAAAAAGCAAGUGGUUUAAACUGUUAGUUCAUUAUGCUCCUAUUAAUUAAUGUUUACCUCAACAGGAGGUCAGCUAACACACCAAUAUUAUUUUACUAACUUCAUUCUUUAUGCUUCAAACCCCCUGUAGGGGCUGGGAUUUUCCAGGCAUCAAAAUAGUAUUCUAUGAAAUUCUGUCCCAACUCUAUUUUACAGGAAUCUACCACUUUUUGCAUUUUUUAUGCUUGCCACAUACCAUUUACAAGAAUAUUAGACAAACACAAAAAGAGAAAUAGUAAUGAGUUCUUGCCAAAGUUGGUUAUACAAAGGGUCAAAUGUCAAUGUAUUGGACUAGACUAAAAAUGAAAUUGUAUCUAAUAAAAUCAGAAAUCUGAUAAACUUGUUCUUAUUUGUAAGAUAUAUUUGUUCCAUUAUUCUUUGUUCAAUUUUGCAGAUCUGCCUGUGUAAUGUGAAAUGAUGACGUUAAAACAUCUUUGGUGAAAACACCACAUGUUUGUUUUUUUUAAAUGCAAUAAUGUGGAAAUAUAUACCAUGUAUGUUAAAUGAGAAGAUCUGAAUAAUGUUUGUCUGAUCAAAAUGUUCAUGUUCUAUCUUUAAUGAUACUCUUUAUGAAAAAAUAAAUACAUAUAAAUUUAGGUUAUGAUUUACUAUAUUUACUUAAAAUGAAUUAUUAUUGAUCGUUGAAUGUGAUGUUACCAAUGAAAUGCAUGUUUUUUUAUUUAUGCUGUAUUCACAGAAUAUUUUUAUG